AGUGAGAAAGACUGACCCGGACCGUCGGAACCGAUCGGAACCGAUCUGCGGCUCGAUGUCCCGGCUGCUGGAGAGCCGGAGGGAAAAGGACCGGAUGAAGGAGAGCAGCCUGAAGAUCAAAGAGAAGGAGCGGCUGAAGGAGACGAGAGAGCGGGAGGCGCGCUCCAGCAGCGGCCACCUGUUCACCUCUCUCAGCGUAUCGGCCACUACGCUCUGCUCCUCCUGCAACAAGAGCAUCACGGCCAAGGAGGCGCUCAGCUGCCCAGGAUGCAACGUCACCAUCCACAAUCGCUGCAGGGACAGCGUGGCGAGCUGCGCCAAGAUGAAGCAGAGGCAACAGAAGCUGACAUUAGUCAGAAACAAUUCGGCUCUACAGAACGUCGCUUUGCGGACCAAAACUCCGAUGAUGAAGGAGCGCCCCAGUUCAGCUAUCUACCCCUCAGACACUCUGCGACAGUCUCUGCUGGGAUCCAGGCGGGUUCGGUCUGGCCUCACGCUCGCCAAGAGCGUCUCCACCAAUAACAUUGCAGGGGGUUCAGAGGAGUCAGUCGGUCUCCGCAGGAUUCUGUCUCAGUCCACCGAGUCGCUGAACUUCCGCAACAGAACUCUCUCCAUGGAGUCUCUGACCGACGACGGCGAGUGGUGGUGGAGCCCCCUGCUGGAGGAGCUGCAGGCGGAGGGCAGCUGCGUCCAGGCCGACAGCUGGAGCAUGGCGGUGGACUCCAAAUUCCUGCAGACGCAGCACAAAGACGUCAUCAAGCAGCAGGACGUCAUCUACGAGCUGAUCCAGACGGAGUUCCACCACGUCCGGACGCUGCGGAUCAUGGAGGGCGUUUACCGGCGAGGGAUGCAGGAGGAGGUUCUACUGGAGGCGGGUGUGGUCCACACCAUCUUCCCCUGCCUGGACCAGCUGCUGGAGCUGCACGCCAACUUCCUGUCCCAGCUGCUGAGCCGCAGGAAGGAUGGGCUGCAGGAGGGCAGCACCAACAACUUCACCGUCCGCCGCCUGGGCGACCUGCUGCUGCGACAGUUUUCAGGUCAGUUCGCUGAAGACAUGAAGAAGCUUUACUCCGAGUUCUGCAGCCGCCACCCCAAAGCCGUGAAACUCUACAAAGAGGUUCUGAACCGAGACCGCAGGCUGCAGCAGUUCAUCAGGCGGGUUUGUCGCGGUCCUCUGCUGCGCCGCCAUGGCGUCCAGGAGUGCAUCCUGCUGGUCACCCAGCGGAUCACCAAAUACCCGGUUCUGAUCCAGAGGAUCCUGGACAACACCAAAGGCUGUCCGGACGAGCGGCGAGACCUGCAGGAGGCCCUGGUCCUCCUGAAAGAGCUGAUCGGCUCGGUGGAUCAGGAGGUUCUGGAGCUGGACCGGAACCGGCGGCUGCAGGAGGUCCAGGCCCGGUUGGACCCGCGGGCCCAGGCUGAGGUGAAGGGAGGCGGCGCGUUCAGAGGGGGGGAGCUGCUGAGGAGGAAGCUCCUCCAUGAGGGGACGCUCACCUGGAAGGUGCAGGGUUCCAGGAUGAAAGAUGUGCAGGUCUUGCUGAUGUCAGACAUCUUAGUUUUCCUCCAGGAAAAGGACCAGAAGUUCACUUUUGCAUCACUGGACAAGUCCCCUGUGGUUUCCCUGACCAAGCUGAUCGUUAGAGAAGUAGCCAAUCAGGAAAAAGGGAUGUACCUGAUCAGCGACUCGGCGCCCCCAGAGAUGUACGAGCUGUACGCUUCGUCCAAAGACGACCGGAAGACGUGGAUGAGCUGCAUCCAGAAGGCCGCCCAGAGCUGUCCUUCCAGAGACGAGUUUCCCCUCAUUGAGACUGAAGACAAAGCUUUACAGCGCCGCCUCAGAGCUGACAUCCAGCAGAAGGACAAGGAGGUUCUGGAGCUCCUGCAGGAGCGGGUCACCUUGUUCUCCGACCUGGUCCAGGCCGCGGCGCGAGAAGACGGAGAGGAACGGCGUGUGGAGGCGAAGACCUCGUCCUCUAACCGGAACCUGUUCAGAGCCGACACGCCGCACGCUCCCAAAGCAGAACCGCUCCUUCUGGCCGCCAUUGGAGAAGUCGACAAACUGGCGGCUCUGCUGUCCGACUCCGGAAAUCAGAAAUCCUCCAUGACCAACGGCAACCAGGACAUCAGCAAUGGGGAUUCAGUUUCUGUCAACGGUUCUUUUAAGAUCAGCAACAGCUCUUCCAAGGACCGCAACGGAAACCAGCUGCAGGAACGGACCCUGAAUGAGGAAGUGCGCCAGCGGUUGGUCGCGCUCAGCACACAGCUUCACGGCCUGCAGGCGGCGGUGAGGCAGGACUCAAUCCUGGAGCUGUCGGCGGGCGUUGCCCACCCGGCCGGCCCGGGCUCCGCCCCCCGCCUGGUGCGGUCGAUGUCGCGCGACGCGGCACUGGACGCCAGCGGCGAGGCGGUGCUGCUGCGGCGGCAGGUGGAGCUGCUGCAGGAGGAACUGUCACGGCUGCGUCUGAAGGCGGAGGAGGGCGGCAAGAAGGGGGCGGGGUCUGGAAAGAAGAAGAAGAAGAACAAAGGGAAGGGCGACGCCUCCAAGGACCAGCAGGUGGACAGGAAGCCGGAGGCCGAGCCGCCCGCAGUCGCCCCGUUGGCCGUCGAGGAUCCCGUCGACCAAUUAGAUGGCCUGGAGGAGGGCCCGGAGGAGGAGGAGGAGGAAGUGAUGAAGAUCUCGCCGCGCUCCGACAGUCCCAGAGACCUCCAGGACAUUCCAGAGGAGAGCGAGAGCUAACCUCCCAUUGGACGUCACCGCCGUGAUGUCACCGUGAUGUCACCGCCAUGACCAUGACGUCACCGUGAUGUCACCGCCAUGAUGUCACCGCCAUGAUGUCACCAUGAUGUCACCGCCAUGACGUCACCGUGACGUCACCGCCGUGAUGUCACCGUGAUGUCACCGCCAUGACGUCACCGUGAUGAUGUCUCCGUGAUGAUGUCACCGUGAUGUCACCAGAGAUCCACUCGCUGUCGGACUCUUUCCUUCAACAUUUCCAAAAUUUUCUGUUGGAUACAGGAAGUGUAACCAUGACAACUGUUUACUGAUCAUGUCUGCUGGAGGGGGAGGGGCUUAUUAAGAGGGAGGGGCUUACAGAGGCUGUGGUCAGCUCUGAUUGGAGGCCAUAAGGCCAGUGGGCGGAGUUUGUGUGUCUCAGUCCAAAGUUCAAAAUCUAGUUCAAAAAACGCUUGAGGCGAUCAGCCAUGCUGGGAGCUGGAGACCAGUACAGGUUACUGGGAGCUACUGGGAGGGUCAGGGGCAAAAGAACCUGGAGUGAAACUGUGGAUAAAACAGGAAACGCUGCUUGGCAGGAUUUCAGAUAUUAAAACGAGAGACUGAUUAAUAAAUAACAAUCGAUUUGGCCUGAUAGGAUCGCUGAGUCAGCAGGUCUCAGAGCGUACCGACCUGCUGACCUUCACUGGAAGCAGAAACAUUUCUCUUCCUGGCUCAGAGCCAUCAUGAGACACAUGAACGGUCACCACACUACAUUACCCAGAAGGCCUUUGGAGCUGCAGCCUGACUGUGGGAACUUUAUUUAAACAGAAGUAGUUUUAGAAACUUUUAUUCUGUUUGUUACGUCUGAAUAUUUAGCUUCAAAAUCUGUUCCAGGUUCAGGUGAAGCCAAAAAGUUUUUAAUACAGCAGCGGGUUGGGGAGGGGAACCAGUUAGAGAUAGGAACUGGGAGGACUGGGAGGGAGGUCUGCAUGGGUCACAUCUGCUGUCCAUUAGCAUGUUAGCAUGGCUGUUUUUUCUAUAAGAGUUAAUUAACCAGUUUGUAAGUGUCAACAUGAUGAUGAUGAUGAUGAUGAUGAGGUCACAUGAUGUAAACACUAUGAACCUGCUGAUGGACACAAACGACUCCAGCUGCUUCAGCUGAUGAUGAUGAUGAAGGUUUCCUGUCCAGAAUAUUUCAGAGAAUUUACAGAAACAUCUGGAAGAUCCAGGAGAAAAGCUGAAGCCUUUCAGGAACUGAUUAUUGAUUAUUGAUUUCUGCUGAAUAUAAAACCCUCAGAAACUU